AUGCCCACAACUCCCACCUCCACUUCCACCAGCACUACAGUACCCACUCCCACCACCACAACUACUACCACAACUCAUCCUACCCCCACAGAAACAUCCAGUCCUCCAACCGCCACAACCCCUGCAACCACAACCGUCACAACGAGCAGCGCACCACCAAAAGUCACCGCUUCUGUUCCAACACCAACUUCUACAGUCUCAACACGUUCCUCAACAAGACCCACCAGCCACACGCCGAAAACAACAAUAACCUCUUCUCCGUCCACGACGUCCAGAACUACCGUGUCUACACAGACCGCAACAAUCAUCACGCCGAAGACCACUCCCCCGAUGUCAACCCCUGUGCCGACGACGACUACACCCGUUCCCACUACUGUUUCCACCCACCCCACUACACUCAGCACACCCACCCCGACCACUACAACAGCACCCCACACCUCCAGCACACCCAUCACUUUGACUACUAAAACUCUUCCCACUACCACAACCAUGCCCACAACUCCCACCUUUACUUCCACCACCACUACAGUACCUACUCCCACUUCCACAACUAUUACAAUGACUCUCCAUACCACCACAGAAACAUCCAGUACUCUAGCCACCACAACCCCUGCCCCCUCAACCGCCAGCAUGCCUAAGACCACUCACACUAGUGCCAUUUCUCCAUCAUUUAGUUCAUCACUUCCUCCUCUGCCAACAACUUCUCCAAUAAUAAUACCCUCUACUGUAUCUACUAUUCCCAUUGUUUCUGUGACAACCAGUUCUCCCUUAUCCUCAACUAGUAGUACAACUAUCACUAGCAGUCCAUUAACUACUAGAACUAGUACUCUGAUAAUUAGUACUACACCUUUGAAGACGACCUCUGUAUCGCAUACAACUACUACUCCUGGGAAAUGUGAACCUGUUGAAUAUGAAGAUCAAGUGGUUUACAAGGGUUGUGUUGCAAAUGUCACUUUGACUCGCUGUGAAGGAAUGUGUCCAUCAUCAGCAAGGCUGAAUAUUGUCAAAAUGAUGGUAGACAUGGAGUGUGGGUGCUGCAUGCCACUCACACUCUACAAGAAAGAACUGAGGAUGCCUUGUCCAGAUCCAGAUAAUCCACAGAAACCACUUGUUACAGAAAUCAUCAUAUUUGGUGGCUGUGUAUGCAACUAUGAUGGGUGUACACACUAGCCAGACCCAACUACGUCAAACGAAGUAUGGCAUUAGGAAUCCCUUUGUUUAUAUACAUUUCUCCAAGCUGUGGGAAGGAAACUAGGCUAUACUCUCCUGAAGACUGGUACUGAUAACAGCUUAUGUUAAUUUAUUCAUUAUUUGGGGAGUAAGACGAUGAAAGAAAUAUCUGGCUUGUUCAGAAGGUUUUCAA